AUGGCAGCAGCACCUAACUAUACCGCGCAGAUAAUAAUGCUGCAACAGGAAAUCGACGAAAUGAAAGAGGACUUUUCUGAAAACGACAACGCAUUCUUCUUGUGCUCCAUGUCGCUUAUCAUUUUUCUCAUGCAGUGCGGUUUCGCGUUUCUUGAAGCAGGUGCAGUGCGUAGCAAAAACACUACCAACAUUUUGAUCAAAAAUCUGCUGGAUUCGUGUAUUGCAAUCGUUGGAUAUUGGGCACUUGGAUGGGCGCUGGCGUUUGGAGACUGCCCAAAUAACACAAUCGGGUUGUUCGUAGGAUACUCACAGUUCUUCUUGGCCAAUUUCUCAAAUUAUCCAAAAUUCUUCUUCCAAUACGUGUUCGCCGCGACGUCAGCAACAAUUGUGUCGGGAGCGGUUGCUGAGCGAUGCGAAUUCGCGAAUUACAUCACAUAUUGUUCGGUUAUCUCAACUCUUGUCUACCCAAUUCUUACCCAUUGGGGAUGGCAUCCAAAGGGAUGGAUGGCUCUUGGAAUCACAAGCGGAGUUGUAAACACUCAUUAUGACGACUUUGCCGGUUCUGGAGUUGUCCAUCUUUGCGGUGGAUCCAUCUCGUUCUUGGCCGCAUACAUCAUCGGUCCCAGAAUUGGAAGAUUCCCAGAAGACGAGGAUGACGAGUCUGAUGAGAUUCUUGGUCACUCGGUUCCGUUCGCCGCUUUGGGAGGAUUCAUUUUGAUGUUUGGUUUCCUUGCUUUCAACGGAGGAUCCAUGGCUGACAUCGUAAAACCUGGAGAGGGACAUAUUGUUGCAUUGGCAAUGGUUAAUACAAUUCUGAGUGGGGCGUUCGCUGCGUUGACCUACCUUAUUGCUCACUACUUGUACCAUGGAAAAUGGACCCUCCUUCUUACCAUUAACGCCUGUCUCGCUGGAAUGGUUUCUUCGUGUGCCGGAUGUAAUAAAAUGGAGCCAUGGGCAUGUAUCUUUGUUGGAGUUGGAGCUGGACUUAUUUAUUUAACUCUUAGCAAGGUUAUGAUUAGAUGGAGAAUCGACGAUCCACUUGACGCCUUUGCUGUUCAUGCUGGUGGCGGUUUCUGGGGACUCACCUCUGUUGCUAUAAUUGGACAUGAUGGAGUUGUCUACGCUAUUGGAAAUACUAUUGGUGGUGCUACAGAUGGUGGUGAUCAAAUUGCUCAAGCUUUUGCACAACUUGGUUGGCAAUGGGUCUGCGCGUUGGCAAUUGUGACAUGGUCGAUUCUUUGGAUGUGGCCGAUUUUCGGACUUUUGAAGAAGAUUGGCAAACUCCGCGUGUCUGAGGAGGUUGAGAUUAAUGGAUUGGACAUUUAUAAACACGGAGAAUCAGCCUACCCACUUCAUGCUUAUGGUCAUGGAUGGCAUGAUUUUGAAUCGGCACCAGAUACCAAAGUAAACCAUAGCAAACACCUUCCAGUGGGAAGAAAGAAUCGAAUCAUGAGUGUUCAUCCAGAAAUGUCAUUGGAACAGCUCGCUUCGGUAUAUGAUAGAAGUGGAAGUGUUGGAGAAACCGAUCAACCCAAAAGGCUCUUCAUGAACCAAAUGGAAAGAAGAAAGUCGAGAAUGAUAGAAGCAAAUGCUUUGAGUGCACUGUAUCUUGAUGAUAAUGAAGUCCCAGAGAGAAAGAAUACGAACUCAAAAACAGUUAAUCUACAAGUACCUACCACUAUUGUUGAAGCACCAGAGACUGAAAUUUUGACUACCGAAGAAGAGAAGAAAGAAUCCAACUGGAUGUAA